AUGUCUGAAACAAUUGGAUUCAUUGGUGCUGGUCAAACUGGUGGUACCAUUGCUAGAUUAGCUAUUGAUGCUGGUUAUAAAGUUAUCUUGAGUAAUUCAAGAGGUCCAGAAUCUUUAGCAGAUAUUAUUUCAUUUCUUGGUGAAAGUGCUGAAGCUAGUACACCUGAUAAAAUUUCUAAAGCUGAAAACAUCAAGAUCAUUGUCCUUGCACUUCCAUUAAAUGCUGUACCAACUUUAUUACCUUCACUGGGUUUGAAAAAUAAGGUCAUCUUUGAUGCUUCAAAUUAUUACCCCUAUAGAGAUGGUGAAUUAGAAGAAUUGAAUUCAAAUAAAUUAACAACAAUUGAAUAUAUUUUGAAAUAUUUAGAAUCAUCAAAUAAAUUAGUUAAAAUUUUCAGCAAUAUUAUUUCUUUCCAAUUGAGAGCUUCAGCUACCCAAGACGAAUCAAAACAAACAAUUUUACCAAUAGCUGGGGAUGAUACCAAUGCUAAACAAUUGGCUAAUGAGUUUGCUCAAAAGCUUGGUUAUAAAACUUAUGACGUUGGUCCAUCAUCACUAAGUUGGAAAUUUGAACCAACUACCCCAUUCUAUGGUGGUAUUUAUUUACCAAAAGCUCCAGAAAAUUCUGAUCAUGAAGCAUUAAAGAGAUUUUAUAAGAAAACACCAGCUAACCCAUUAACUCAUGAAAAGGUCAAACAAGUUCUUGACGAUACUGAAAGACCAACUGUUGUUGGUGGUAGACCUGAGAAUUAUCCAAAUUUUUUGACUGAAAUCAUUUAUGAAUUGUAUGCUGAACAAGCUAAAGCUAAAGCUUCAGGUAGUUCGAAAUUGGUUUUAUAA